AAGGCACAUAUUUUCCCUCAUCCGAGAGAUACAACACAAAAAAAAGGUGCAUUCUCAAUUUGAAUAAAAAAAAAGUGCAUUCUCAAACUGGAGCCUGGAGCGGCUCCUGGCUCCAGUGGCACCUCCAGUUAUAAAUACGUCGAUAGGAACGUGCCUAUUCCGAACCUUUAAAAAAAAAAGUGCAUUCUAGGCGUGCAUUCAGAAAUUGCGUUCGACUGAAAGAGUCUUCCGUCGACCAAAGUCACACGAGGUGCAACGUAAUUAUAAGGUUUAUCAAAUUUCCAGAAUUUAAAUUGUAAUUUAUUUUCGCGUGAUGACAUUGACAUUGACGUUGUCGAAGUGAAAGAAACGCGCGUUGAGGAGAACCAGUCAUGGAGAGCAGCACUCAGUCGUUGUACAUCAGCCUCUUCAGCGAAGAGAAGAACGACGUCUUGAAGGAGUUGUUGCAUGCGUGCGUCGACGAGAUCUGUGGUCGCCCAGGACCAUCGUAUCGACAAUUCGUCAACAGUAUGGAUUGGACCAGAGCGGAGUACGAAGGAGUGUACAAGCUAAUAUCGUCACUGCUGCGGAAUCCUGCCUCUCUCUAUAUGGUGGAAGAAAAGAUGCCGCCAGAAUAUCACGAGUUACCGGAGCAAGUGCAACAGAACAUUCUUACUUGCUUAAAAGUGCGUAGAGAACAACUGACAAACGCUUUAUUGAGGGAUCAUUACAAAAGGAAACUACCUACCGUAAUCGAUCAUGAUUGGAGAUUGAAGUUGGUGAUGGGUUCAAGCAAAAUGGCCUCGUUAAGAGAAUCUCUCCUUCAGUUAGAUCUCACAGUAGAAGAUAAGGAAUCUCGACGCAUUAUAAAUUUGGAACUGAAUAAAGACGAGCUAGAUACGAUGAUAAACAGUCUAGAAAGGCUAGUGUAAUAGGUUUUGAUAUUUUUAUAAAGAAAAAAGAAAUGUAUAUAUAUAAAUGUAUAUAACUCCUGUAUAUUAGUACUAAUUGUAAGUUAUAAUAUGCAGAACACAGGAUCCGAGAUGAAAUAAAUACUCGCCGCUGAUA